AUGGCAAAGGAGAAACUGUUUUUGGUCGAGAAGGAUUCAGUUGCCAAGAAUUCAUUCAAUGACUAUCAUGGACAGAAGGACAGUCUAUUUGUCAACACAAAAGAUUGGUCAAGUGAUGGAGUUGUUCCAAAGCGCCAGGGAUUCAUCGAGCCAAUUGGAUUCAUCACCAGAGUGACAUCACGUGAAGGCAUACUCGGCGAGAGAUGGGAAACCGCUGACAACAUAGCCCUAAAUGACAAGUUGGACUCUCUACCACCUUCUGAGCUACGUGGUGCUCGAAAGGAUCCAGGUGUUGUCCAUUGGGCUGCUGGAGAGAACAUCUACAACCUCACCACAGAGGAUGACCGUUUGUGCUCAAUAGCUCACAACCAUGAUUCAAACGAACUAAUUGGACAGAUAGUUCCUUUCUUUGCCGAGCCCGAGGUCGGAGGUUGCUUCCCAUAUGUAUGCUCAGAGAACACUUUUGUAACUCACGCACCAUACAUGGCCACCAACAUGGGGAAUGCAUAUUUGGAGGUGUGGCAGGCCAAUGAGAAUGGAGUGGAAGAGUGGAGAGAGAAGGACCUUUCCAGGUGGUGGAAAGGUGACCCAACCAAGAAGUACACAUUUGGAAGGUUUGAUCGUCAUCCCAUCAAGAUAAUUGUUUCCAAAGAAGCUAAUCUCUCUUGGCAAGACAUCUACAUCAAACCAUUGACUCAAGGUAUUGCCAAGAUCACUUUCUCAAUUGAUCUCUCAAAGUACUCGAUCAGGUCUCCACUCCAAGGUAUCGUCAAGAUCAACAUCGAUGGCAAAGUCAUUAUCCAAUUUGCAGAAAUCAAUCAUGAGAUCAUCCUUGGUGAUCGUUGUUCAAAAGUCACACCAUGGCCCAUACAUGGUAUUGCCAAUCGUGUUUUGAUCACUGGUGCGAUUGAGAACUUGGAGACCAGUCCCAUCCCAGAGAUCGCAGUCUUCCAGCAGGAGUUGGCAAAGUAUAAGGACACUUGCGCUCAGGUAGUUCAAGCCAAGGUAUGGGCAAUCUGGUCUUUGGAACGCGUCAUUGAGAUGUACACUGCUCUGCGCACUGGUGUGGUCCCCAAGAGCAGUCUAUUCAGUGUCUACAAGAUUGAUUACUCCAAGGUCUACCGUCCAAAGGCCAACAGUAUCGUGGAGAACUUGUCCAAGGGCAGUGGAUUUGCCAUCAUUUCUGGCAACUGUCAAUGGGACGCACUAUGUGAGUCCAUGAAGCUCAAGGGACUGAGCACAUCACCAAUGCCCGUAGCCAACAGCAUACAUUACAACAGAUUCGUCUUUGGCAAGAGUUUAGGAACAGGAAUGGGCCACAUCGAUAACAUGUUCCUCUAUGACUAUGGUGGCGACUGGACAAUGCCAUCCAUUCGCAAGUGGAUCGUAGGAUUGUCGAAACGAAUUGCUGAAGUUCAUGCCACUGGAGAGGAUUGUAUCAAGUCAUGUUUCGAAAUCACUUGCUUCAGCUAUGAAUUUGUCCGUGCCAAGAAGCGAUACGAGGACAACAUGCGUCGUUCUGGAGUUCAUCUGAUCAAUGCAUGCGCGUGGAGCGAUCUGGCUCAGAUGCUCCACUAUCGUGUGAUCGAUGCAGUGUUCCUCAAACCGAUGACCACUUCCAGCAUGGAUGAUGAGGCCUACCUGGCAAUUGGUUUUGCUUGUGUGAUCCAUGACCUUCCCGACUAUGGCUACGACCUAAGUGUGUGCGACUGCUCCAACAUGAUGUUCACUCUCGGCGCCCGAGAUGGACAGUACUCUGGCAUCGAGUACGCCUACGCCGUCACACGAGCAGGUGUUGAGUACGUUGCCGAUGUGCACAGGUACAAUACAAGUGGUCUCACUCUGGUCUCAACACACUACUGGCAGAUAUGUAAUGGUCGUCACCGUAUCCUCAAUGCAGCAAUGAGUGUUGCCGAGCAUGCCCACCCUCGCCGAUUUGUCAAGAAAGACACCAUGAUGAGUACGAUCACUGACCGCAAGGAGGAGGAGUACUUUGUCCAACCACACAACCAUCAGUCAUGUGAGAGCCAGUACCAGCAGCUGAAGGAGCGUGCACUUAAGUUAGGUCCCGCAUACGACACACUUCUCCGUGGAAUGGUCGCACGAGUCUACGAACGCAUCUAUGGCAAGUCACUGGAUGACAUUGUUGGAUUGGAGGAGGUGGACAAUAUCGUCAACAUUAUCGACUGUGUCUGCAUCGACAGUCGAAACGAAGGAAUCGAGUUCCUCUGGGACAUAGCAUUAUUUAUGUGGGGUGACUCUGGCAUCAUGUGGCAUGCUUGUCUUGGCGGACUCCUUGUGACCAAGGAUCGUCUUGUUGGCGAUGACACUGCUGGCUAUGGAUAUGAGAAAAGACAUUGGGAGAAGCAGCAGAAAUAA